CUAGUCAUUCAGAUGGAGCCCACACACAGGCAUCCCAUCAUGUGGCCGGCUACUUAAUUACAGAUGCACAGAUGCAGCGUGUCGGCCAAUGCAUACACACAUACGCAUAUGCACGUGGAAUGACUGCACAUCUGUAGCGUCUGCCUGCCUGCCUGCCUGCCUGUCCUCCUCUCUCCUCUCCUCUCCUCUCGCCCCUUUACACCACACACAUUUGUUGCGCAAGUGAGCAGCCAACCAGCCCAUCUGAGCGACAGAGCAGUCAGCCAUUAAUUAGAUAACACACACCACACCACACCAAACCACAUCUGCACUGGUUCUGCACACAUCCAUCCAUCCAUCCAUCGUGGUCAUGUCCAUGCAUGGACGUACAGUACACGCACUCUUCUGUCUGUACCAAUCCAUGCCACCCAUGCACACACGACACGCAACGCCAUGCAAUGCCGAUGAGAUGACCCCUACCUAUAUACACCUUCAUGUGCACGAAAAAGUGAGCGCCGUACACACGCAAUCAUACCACUUGCCACCACAUCCUAUCCCUUCACUCACAAACGCCCACCCGCACGCCCACCCGCCCGCCCACAUCUCACUAGACACCUUUCCCUGGCGAGUGCUGCCCAUCCUUACUAAUCCCCAUCAACCUCUCCUUCUCCGCAGUGGGCUCUGGCGCCUGCUCCGUCCACAGUGGGCUCCUCCUCGCACCAUUGGUCAUGCCCAUCUCAUAGUCGCCCUCCUUCUCCGAUGCGCUCGUCUUCUCCACCAUGGUCAUCUCCGUCUCGCUCGACGCUAGGCCCUUCUCGGCCGCUGACGGGGACUUGCCCUUCUUGUCCAUCAGACCAGCGCCGCCGCCCGCGCCCAUCUUGCCCUUCUGCCGCUCCUGCUCCUUCCACUUGCGCAUCUCGGCCGAGUACCAGAAGGCGCCGAUGGCCGUGGUGAUGAUGCCCACCCCCAGUGUGGGUGACAUGACGCCGCCCAGCAUGUAGACGCUCAGCACGCAGGUCAGCACCUGCUUGACGUUGCCCGCGAUGUUCAUCGUCAGGGGCGCCACGAGGGCCGCCGUGCGGAAGGACACAAAAUUGAGGAAGAAGGCCACCCAGCCGAGAAUGAACAGAUGGCCGACGAGCACCCAGCUCAUGUUGGGGUCCACCAAACACCGGCCCACCUCGCCGAACACCCAGGAAAGACAGAGCAGCUGGACGGCGGCGAGCGGGCAGAGAUAGCGGAGGAGGUCGAGGGACGACAGGCCGAGUGAGCCCACUUGUGUCUGCUGGGUGAUGAUGCCCUUGAUGGCCGCGAUGGCCGAGCCGAACACCGUCAAGGCGAGCCCGAAGAGGUCGAAGCCCACCUCGCCCUUGAUGGUGCAGGCGACGCCGAACAUGACGAUGAGGAUCGCGGGGAGGAGCUUCAGGGGGUAUCUGGUGCGGAGGGCGACGAAGGAGAUGACCAUGGUGAAGAGGGGCACGGUGGUGCGGACCACCUGGUGCAGGUUGACCGACACGGCCAUCAGCGAGGCGUUGCUCAUCCAGAUGUUGACCGUGAAGAUGACACUGAACCAGCUGACCACCUUCCAUCCGGCCUUGGACAGCGGCUUGGGCGAGUAGGCGCCGAACAGUGCCGCGAGGUUGACGCCCAGCGUGGUGAAGACCAUGUGUACGGUGGUCAUGAGGAGGGGGUAGGGGAACUUGUAGAUGCUGAACAGCGCCUUGCAGUACAGCGUGAUGAUCACGUUGAACCAGAACCACGCGUUGAGAUAAAACAGACCCGUCAUCUUGCCGGACAGCAUAGACGACGACAGCGGCUCCGACGUAGCGGGGGCAGGCUGCUUGUGCAGAAGACUCGAGGUGCUGAUGCUGCUCUUCCCUUCCCCGCUUGACAUGGCGCGACGCUCUCGCAGCACCGCCAGCUAUAGACUCGGGUAGAAAAUUGCCUUGCCGUUGUGGUGCUGGUUGCCCCUCUCGCGUACAGUCGUCCCG